AUGGCUGCCGUCCUCUCGAACCCCUACGAGCCUGCCUACGCGCUCACAUCCUCCUCGCGGAUCUGCCCAGACGCUCCCAUGACUCCCGGCCCCUGCUCAGCGUCGUCGUCGACCAUGUCACCGGCCGAGAUUGUGUCGGUCGCGGCCCGCACCACCAUCUCUCAGUCGCAGGCAUACACCCGCUCCACGACCGCGCGCGACCCCAGCCGGUACGUCGACCCAGAGCAUGCGGCUGCUGCUGCCGCUGCUGCCGCCGCCGCCGCAGCGAACGCCGCCUCGCGCCAGCUCUCGCACCACAUCCAGAACAAGGCGCAGCCUCAGCCGCAAGCGCCGCCGCAAGCACAGCUGCCCCAGGUGCCGCAGCAACAGCACCGAUCGCAGGCGCCACAGCCCCACAACGCACCGGCGCAGCAACCUCGGCCGGCGCCGCAACCGCAGCAGGCGGGCGCCGAGCAGCGUGCGCAGCCAAAGUCGCUGAUCAGCUUCAACGUCGGCUCUCGCUACAAGGUUUGCGACGUCAUCGGCGAAGGGGCGUACGGCGUCGUCUGCUCGGCCAUCCACCGCUCGACGGGGCAGAAGGUGGCCAUCAAAAAGAUCCAGCCGUUUGAGCACCAGAUGUUUGCGCUGCGCACGCUGCGCGAGCUCAAGCUGCUGCGCUACUUCCAGGAGUGCGACGUGUCGGAGAACAUCAUCUCGAUCCUCGACAUCAUCAAGCCGGCGAGCUACGAGAGCUUCCAGGAAGUGUACCUGAUCCAGGAGCUCAUGGAGACCGACCUGCACCGCGUCAUCCGCACCCAGCACCUCUCCGACGACCACUGCCAGUACUUUACCUACCAGAUCCUGCGCGCCCUCAAGCCGAUGCACUGCGCCGAGGUCAUCCACCGCGACCUCAAGCCGGGCAACGUGCUGCUCAACGCCAACUGCGACCUCAAGGUGUGCGACUUUGGCCUCGCCCGCUCGCUCCUCACGGCCGAGGAGGACACGGGCUUUAUGACCGAAUACGUGGCCACCCGCUGGUACCGCGCCCCGGAGAUUAUGCUCACGUUCAAGAGGUACACCAAGGCCAUCGACGUGUGGUCCGUCGGCUGCAUCCUCGCCGAGAUGCUGACGGGCAAGCCCCUCUUCCCGGGGCGCGACUACCACGACCAGCUGUCGCGCAUCCUCGAGCUGCUCGGCACUCCGACACUGGAAGAAUUCUACAACAUCAACUCGCGCCGCUCGCGCGACUACAUCCGGUCGAUGCCGUUCAAGAAGCGCCAGGACUUCCGCCGCGUCUUCCCGAUGGCCACGGCCGAGGCGCUCGACUUUCUGACGCGCACCCUCACCUUUGACCCCAAGAAGCGGAUGACGGUGGAAGAGUGCCUCGAGCACCCGUACCUGGCCGCCUACCACGACGCCGACGACGAGCCGGGCGCGCCGCCGCUGGACCCCGAGUUCUUCCACUUUGACAUGAAGAAGAACAGCGUGACCAAAGAGGAGCUGCGCAGGGAGACGUACGACCAGAUCAUGGAGUUCCAGCCCCUCUUGCGGUGA